AUGUACGGGCUACCGAACUGUGUUAUGCGCAGUGCUGAACUGCAGCAAGAAACCACAGAAACCAUAGCUGGAGCAACCGGUGGAAUGUUCCUACUAGCCAAGCUCUAUCUUACUUCGCUCAAGAGGAAGCGAUCAUCAAACGCGGUUCGAGGAACCCUCAGAAAGAUAUCUCAACGAUACUCGCUAUCGGAUAACUCUUCUGGACAGUCAGAGGUCUACGAUAGCGCUUACCAAAUCACGAUGGAACGCAUCGAGCAACAGGGUGACGAGCAAGCGCAACUAGCCAAGGAGGUCAUAGCCUGGGUUACCUUUGUGAAAAAUACAAUCAGAGCCUCGGGACUUCGUGGAACUCUAGGAAUCCUGGUAGGAGAUACUGUCUUUGACGAAGGAAAUUGUCCAGAUAUCGAAGACAUGAUCUCGGCUUGCGCUGGGCUGGUCACGGUCGACCCUGAAACGAACCUGGUUCGGCUUGCUCAUUACACAACAUAUGAGUAUUUUGUCAGAAGUCAGCAUCACUGGUUCCCAGAUCCACAUGGCAUGAUACUAGACGCUUGCCUCACCAUACUAUCGCUAGAAGUGUUCGCUAAAGAGAUGAACAAAGAGGAAAGAGAUUCCAUCGUCUUGGAGCUUCCGCUACAUAGCUACGCUGCUCAUAAUUGGGGGGUACCAUGCUCACCAGGGGACCGAUACAGUGUUACGAAAUAUGGUCCGAUGGGACACUUCGCCAACAAUGCUGUUACCCCUCUCCAUUUGGCCGCAUACCUUGGACUCGAGGAUGCAAUAGAGGUUCUGAGUCAAGAAAAAGAUGUUAUUAUGAACGUGAGAGAUUACCUCGGAAGAACCCCUCUCAUGAUCGCUGUGCAGAACAGUCAUGACCACGUCGUCGAGCAACUGAUUGGAUAUGGCGCAUGUAUUCAGGUUCAUUGCGGACUCAUUUAUGGGCACAAGAAAGACUGCGAUGAUUCUGUUAUCGAGCUAGAGAGUCGUGGUAGGCAUUGGAGCGACUCCAGGCAUACUGUGGACGUAAAGCCAUUGUCGAGAGAUUGCUCGAAAAAGACAUUUCAGUUGACGCGAAUGACCACAGACACGGCACUCCAUUAUUACCCGAUAAACCGAGGCGCAGAUCCAGAUAUUGAAGAUGUUGAUGGCAAUAUACCCUGGUCGGUAGCUGUCGAAAAAGACUACACAGAGGGCAUUGAACUACUCAAGCGACAAGAGGAGCACCCCAAAGCAGAUGAACCAGGGUGA